CCAGGGGCUAUAGAACACUAGGUGCCAUAUUUUAUACCAAACAGGGCAAAUUUAAUAUUUUUACUACCUUGCCUUCAGACUCAAGACAUCAUAAACUGUAAUUUAUCCUGAAACAAAUUACAGCAAGCCUGUUCCACACUACAAACAGAGAAAAGGUCAUGCUGUAGAUUGAUCCCACUGUAGAUCCCAUACUUCUGCACUGGACAGUGGACCCUGUGCUGGAGCCAGUGCUGGGAUCUGCAUUUCCAGGGAGAACAGAGAGUGGGGUGGGGGAUUAUUGGGAUUGUUGGUGAGGAAUACUGAAAUGUUUUGAGGCCAAGAGUUUCUUAAGCCUAAAAAUAAUACAAACACUGGGCUUGGUUGUGUAAGCACAGAAGUAUGGGAUAGCUUGUCUGCUGUUCCUGGAGGUAGGCUGGACCUGGAUUUAUAUUUUUUCCCAUAUUUAGCACUUAGGAACGUGCUGGUUCAGUCUGGGCAGCUGUGUAUCCUAUUGAUGGCUGGCUCUGUGUGUGCUCAUUUUGCCUGAUGUUUUGGUAGUAAAGCUGGCUUAGUUCCCCUUUCUGACUGUAUUGCAUAUAUAUAAAACUGAUUCAUGAUAUGGGAAAUCCAGCUUUGCUUAAUUAGACAAAUUAGGUGCAGUAAAUGAUGUAUUUGUGAUUGUUUUGAACAGGGCGGUGUAGUUCAGCUGUUAAAAAGCAGCUCCCACCUACUUCUCAGUAGCAGUGUUAGAUGGUCUUUAGUGUUUGUUUGCCUUCUGUUAAGAUAAUUUUUUGGUGUCUCAGGAUCAGAAGUUUCUUGCUGUCAGUAAGAAUUAAUAUCAAGAGUUUUGACUGAAUGUAGUGCUGAUUAAUGUGUUCUGUUUUGUUAUCAGCACAUCAAGUAGUGACUCUCCCCAGAACUCCCGGGUGAAACAGCUGCAUGUGGCUUGAACUUGCUUUUUGAAUCAUUUGCAAACUUUGAUUUUGGGGGUUUUCAUCUCUUUGGAAAUUGUGUUUUCGAAGCCCAUAAGGAUUUAUUUUCAGAGUGUCUCAAAUUUGAAAACAGGGGGAGUUCUACCCUCUCUUUUUGGAGUCAAACCCCUCAAUUUCACCAGCUCCCUGGAUAAUAGCUGAGCAAAACUAAGGACUUGGUUUUCUCCCUUCCAUUGGUUUCUGCAGAGCAAAACUGCCAGGAAGAUGAAAACAACACCCUAUUUUUUUAGGGCUGAGGUGCUCAAUUAGUCAAAGAAAAGAAGUUUUACAGUCUUUGGAAAAACUGCAUCCUGAAAAUCUUCCCAUUUGAUUUUUUUCAUAAAAAUUAUUUAAUAUUUCACAAGUUUCUUUUGUUUUUGUCCACACAGGAAAGUUCAUCUGCUUUCUAUUAUUGGUUAAGCUUUAAAACUCAGCUUUUAGAUGAGGAGAACCAGAGUAUCAAGAAAGGAUGUGAGGUACCCAAAAAGGUCUGGGACACUGUGGGGGACUAACAAGUCCCAAUUCUGUGUUUUAACUUUCUUAUUUUCUAUUUGGGAUUAAAUUGCAUAGAAUUGGAGCUCCUGGUGCUUUUUCAAAUUGCUUUACCACGAGCUUUUUCUAUGGAGAGUGACCAUGUGUAACUUAUACAACUGUUCCAGAAGCUGCAGUCAGAAUUACUGAAAGUACAGACAUGGUGUGAUCUCUCCUCUAAGGUCAUUUCUCUCUCUCUCCCUCUCCCUCUCUGUCUCUCCCAGCCUGUGGACAUAGUAAUUCUGUGAUAUAAUUUUGGUUUCUUUCAUGGAAGCCCCAGCUUUCUUAAGAGAAUUGAGUUCUCUGUCAGCUCUUCUCAUUUUCCAGUCUGACUCAAAAUGUACUUUAGUUUUGAAGCUACUAUGGGGCAGUAAAAGACAUUUUAUACUUUUUUUUUGUUACAUUAGUUGUUUUAUCCCUUUAUGUAAGGCGGUGUUAUUAGUUGAGAUAAUGAAAACAAAGGUAUAAGAUUUUUUUUCCACAUAAAAUCUAUCUAAAUGACAUUUAAAGGAGUGUAAGUGGAAAUUAAGACCUGUUGUCUUUAUUAUUAAUAUGGUAACCUUUUUUUUCCUGAUGGUAACUCAUUUUAAGCCAUUGCUACACUUUAACAAGUGUGCAACAAGAGCUUUAAACCUUCUUAAUUGUUGAUCACAAUGACAAAUACACACUAAGGUAAAUUGCUGAAUCAAGACAUCUCUUAGAUAAUGUUCUCAAGAGCACCUGCAGUGUAUUUAAUCCAUUAAAGUGACAUAAUUAAAUGGAUUGACAAAUAUUUAAUGCUAAGAAUGAGAAGUGCUUGUGUCACCAAAUAAAUAUCAGAACCAGAGUGGCAUAGAGGGACAGAAUUUUGCCAAUCUGUGGCAUAAAUGAGGUUCUAUUUCUUCUCCCACAUGAAAUUGAAAUACUGUGUCAGCUCCAGCCAGUUCAAGCCCCAAUGACUGGCUGUGGGAUGUGUCUCAGUGUGAUCCCAUUGCUCUCCCCCCGUCUGUCCUCUUUGGCUGUGGAAAGAUUUACUGAGAAAUUUAGUAUUGUCUUUCCUUACAAUGCCAAAAAUCAUCGAGAUCCUGUGUAUUCCAGGACACCCAGGAGCAGAGCUCUCUGAUGGCUAAAAUGCCUAAAUAGAUCAAGAAAGGCAGCAAGAAAGUCAUUCUUGGCUUUCUCCUUUCUUCAUUUCUUGCUUUCCUUCUUUUAAACAUGAGGUUCUCUGCACGUCUCGUUGCAGGAAAUGCCUUCAUUUCUCUUUUUUAAUUUGUACCCCAAGGUUUGUAGCGUGUAUCAACCCUGCCUUUAGUACUCCUGGGGCUCCUCAUGAAGUUUGAAGCUCUGGCAUUGUUUCAUCUGGCUAAUGAGCAAGAAUUUGGUGAUUUUUUUUUUUUUUUUUUGGUCAGCAUACUGCUGACAAAAUGCUUUCGAUGCUGUUUCACUGGUCCUAAAAGUACAAGACAGACACAGUUAGGUGAUGAUGGGGGUUACCUUUAUAAGGAUCCUUACAGUGCACAAAACACUAGAUGGAAAGUGCCAAAGAUGCACACAUAACAUAAAGCAGAUACAAUUUUUAUGUGUUUAGUAAAUUAGCAAAACCGACAAGAAUCCCCAGUUAGAGGCAUAGGUGAUGAAGUAACUUCUCCCUGUUCUACCCCAUUCUGAAACCUCCACCCUCUUAGACAGGAACUAAAUUUUCUUUAUGAAAAUGUGUCUCAAGAGAGCUGGUUUCAACCUUGGCUUCCAGAGCCUAACCUUGGACCCCCCAGGGUAUUUAUUUUGUCUUUCUGACUAUAAUAGAGUGGGUAAAAUGCUAGCUACCAAUACAAUAAUAGGCUACAGAGCUACAAAUAGAUAUGUAAAGAAUACAGAGAAUAUAUAAAGGCAAAAAAGGCAGAAAUCAAUUUGGCAUCACUCUGAAGAGCAACAUUUAGAAACAGUGCAAUACAGAUUUUAGACAAGGUAUUUUAAUAUGUAUCCUUUUAAAUUUCAUGGUCUUUUCUAUCUGUCAAAAGUUUAGAGAUGACACUUCUCUUGGUGUUUAUUUUUCCCUCUAUACAGCCUGAUAUAUAUUAACUGAACAUACACAUUUAAAAGCAGAAGGAACCAUAGUAAAAGUACAACAUGAGACUAAAUCAGCUACUUAAAAAUUAGAAAAUGUCGUAAGUACUUUUGCUUGAGCACGAGUGUACCAAUGAUCCUUCUGGAGUAUUCCGUUGCUGCUUUCUUUGCUAGGCUCUCACUGUUAGAGCACAGAGAACAGACAUUGCUGAAGGAUGUUUGGGCAUGUGGUGGAGAUUUUCCCUUGUGCUUAGUUGGGUCUCUGUAUUCUCUUGUUCCAAGUGGCAUUUGAACAAUCCCCGACUUACAGGGUUUUCUGAAUUAGUUAAAAUAGAAAAUACCAAGCUAGCUUGUCUGAGGGCAUCACUGCCUUUGACACCUAAAGCAAAAAGUGAUCCAGGUGUCAGAGACAGAUGUGUGUAAUCAAAUAAACAUUAUAAAUAAUAACAGCAUGCUCACAGGGGCUUUCCCUUUUUUCCUGCCAGGCAUUGUCCUUUGAUGGAAGACCAGAGAAUCAGGGGUUGGUUAUUUGCUUCUAUUUGUUUUGUGGGGUUUUUUUUUCAUAUUAACAUAGGAGGUUAUUUUCUAGGAAAUAGAGCCACCAUGUAGAGAACAGUAGCGUGGCUUUGCUAUAAAAUGGAGGUGCUUCUUCCAGUUACUGAUAGGGCUUCUUUUGGAAAGCCCCUUUUGUUGUAUUUGAAAUCAAAAUACACAGAGUCAGAAAAAAUGCAUUCACUUGGAAAUGUGUACAGGCUGUGAGGUUCCUGUGGAGCAACCUCUUCACCCUUUUUAUUGAUGUUGCUUUUAUUACAGACUUGUAAUAACCUUUUAUCAUGUAACAGCCUUUCUGAAAAGCCAGCAGCAGCAAUAAGCACCUUCCACUUCCUAUCCUUUUAAAUAUCUACUUCAAUCAAGAAAGAACUUAAUAAUUAAGAAAUUCAAGGAAGAAUGGCAGCUGGGAAGUCUGGUUUCACUUUGGAUGUGUAAGUGGAGUUUUUCUUCUUUGGAGCACUAAGAAGCACCCUGGAGCCUUUCCCUCAGUGAGUGCCACUUGUCCCUUUAUUUAUGUCACCUUGUUCCAUGAAACUUUAUAAAACUUAAUGGCAUUGCCAUCUCAGACAAAUUUGAAUGAAGUUAUGCAGCGGGUUAAAAAAUUAUUGAUACCAUUCAUUAAAAAGCAAGGAAUAGACAUAUAUAUCAAAAAUGCUCAGUAUGUUCAUUGCAGUUUUCCUAUGGAAAACAGGCCAGAAAACUCUCCCUGGUGCCAGUUCUGGGAAAGUCUUUUACACACAGAUUUUUGUACUCAUGUAAGUAGUUGUUGCAUCAGAUACUUUGACUUCAGCAGUGUAACUUAAACCUUCCAGGCUCUCUGUGAUGCUGGUGCUAGAAAAGCUUGGAUGGGGCUUGAUAAGAGAAAAAAAACACAGAGGGGAAGAAAAAAAUACAAACAGAUCUCAUCAAUUGUCCUGACUACUGUGUUAUUUGAAACUGCAUUAAUAAAUUGGGAUAAUUGCCUAAUGGCAUAUUACUACAGAAGAUUAAGGUGUGUUCUAGGCCAUUAUUUAAUUAGGAAAAGCACGAAUGUAAUAAUUUGCCAUUGAAAUUCUUAGUUUCCUCUAGACCUAUAAGGCAUAGCUACCCCAAAGCUUCUAUAGCUAAGAGAGUUUAGAAACUGAGCAGUACCCUGGCAGAGCAGAGAGAUGCAUUUUGUGUCACAUACACGAUAUGCAGUGUGCUGAAAAUGCCUGGGGUUUAUAUGUUGGCAUUCUGGAGAAACUAAAAUCUAGGUAGUUAAAAUGGUUGCAGCUGUCAGUUGAAAAUAUUUACACAGGGUCCCUGUGGAAUGCUCAUCUUUGGUGCUUGGUUGUGAUGGCAGUGAUGUAGCUGUGGAUCUUUAGUAAAAGAAUAAUUUAUCUCAUUUUCAGUAUUUUCUCAUUUCUUUUGUUGUUGGUGCAAAGCAAAGAAAAAACGACCCAGAAGUGUGAGAAUUCAAAUUGUCAUUAUUUUCCUGUGUACCUCAGAGGGUUUUCAAGGCACUUGGCUUUUUUGAAGUGGCUAACCUUCACUUUUGACUAGACUUCUAGGGCAGAUAAGGAGGCUUCAUGACAUCUUCAACCACCUGAAUUAUUUCCAGGCAUCAGAACAAAAACCAUGCAGAGUAACAAAUGAAAGUGAGUGAAAUGAUGAGUAGGUGUCUUUAGGAUGAUUGUCAUCAACAGGAAUUAGUUUCUCCUGGGAUUGGAGGAAAGGGAAGGUUUCUCAAGGGGAAGGUGUGCAGUAUGUUGGUAUUUGAAGUGGCAAUGUGUAAAGCCUAAAUCUUAGAGGAGUCACCAUGGUUGAGUGUGAGUCUUCACCCACUCAUCCAAACAGGAGUAAAAUGACUGUACUGAAAGAAUUAGCGUUUCUUACUGGGAACUUCCUUGAGGCUCGGUUGCAACUCUUGAAAAAGUGACUGCUGCAUGGGGCAGGGCUUGGACUUGUGCCUGGCCAAGGCUUUGGGGUGGUGAAGUUCUCUCUGAGGGCAGCACAGAUGACUCAGGAGCCUGUGCACAGCCAGCCAUGUGCCUCGGGUGACAACCUGGAUUCUCACAAGCGUCUCGCAGAAACUGCCAGCACCAGGACUAGACAUUGAGGCAGUUUUGGUUUGUUCUAUUUUUACCUUUCUCUUUUGGGGCAGCACUCCCUCCCCCUUCCUUCUAAAUUGUUUUCUCAACUCAGUUGGGUCUCAAAGCCUGUCUCCUGCUUGUCCCAGGCAGCUGGCAUGUCUCUGGGCUGAAUGAACAGGCAAGGAGCAUGACUUGGUGGCACUGUGGAAGGGUCUCAGCCUCCAGAAGGGACAAGCCAUCUGUCUCACCUGCAGUGCUGGCAGCCAGGGACAUUUAACAGCACCUCAGAUGGCUGCCUGCAGCCUGCCUCUGGGACUGUGGCUCCUGCUGCUGCUCCAGGACAUCCAGACAACCCUACAGACAUCAUUAAGCCCACGCCAUUCCUGUGAUACACUAGAGAACUGGUUCUAUGAUGAAACUUCACAAAACUGCUGUUACCAGUGUCCCCCAGGCUAUGUUAAAAAGAAAGCAUGUCCUCAGGAUCCAGCUGAAGACUGCAUGACGUGUGGACCUGAUCAGUAUUUGAACAAUAAAUUCCAAAAGCCACAAUGUGAUGCCUGUGUGUCAUGCCCAAAAGAGCUGGACCUGGUGGAGAAGCAGCCCUGCUCCUUCCAUUCGGGCCGCGUGUGCGAGUGCCGGCCGGGGCUGUUCUGCCAGCUCAGCGUGGUGCACAGCUGCUCGCGCUGCCAGCCCCACUCUGCCUGCCGGCCUGGCUUUGGAGUCAGAGUCAGGGGAACCUCGACAAAUGAUGUCACUUGUGAAGAGUGCCCUCCUGGGACCUUCUCGGAUCAAAACUCCAGCACAGACAUCUGCAAACCCCACACCAACUGUGCCAAGUUGAACAAAGUAAUGCUAAGGAAAGGAAAUGCUACCCAUGAUCAAGUUUGCCUGGACCAGUUGCCCACUUACCUCACCCCAAGCACUUUGUCCGUGAAAUUCAGCAAUGAAACAAAUGACUUUGACCUGAGGAUGUUUAAAGAGAACCUGGUGACCUCUGCUAGUGGUGCCACAACAACUGAAAACCCCAGUUCAACUCCUGAGGAGAAAGCUGGCACCUCUCCCACCUCUGCCAAGGGGGAGAUGACAACAGGAGGUGCAGUGCUUUGGGCAGUGGUUCUCUCUGGGACAGUGCUUCUGGGGGGCACGCUGGUAUUUUGGAAAUGGAAGGUUUGCAAGAAGCGGAUCCUCAUCCUCAGAAGAAAGCGUUCGGAUCUCGUGAACAAAUGUGCAAAGAUCAUACUGACCACUGACAGUGGGCUAGAAGAGGAGGAGUUAAUUGACAGAGCCCUUCCUUUGGAAACCAACAAUAACUUGGUGUCCAGCACAGAAAAAGCCCAAAGUGCUCAUCGGGGUGUGACUGAUGUGACACCAAGCAAUGGGAAUGCCCCAGACUGCCCUGUGGAUUCCCGAGUCAGAGACCACACAAAUAACAGAAUUGAAAAACUCUACAUCAUGAAGGCCGACACUGUUAUUGUGGGCUCUGUUUCAGAAGUGCCCAGUGGCAAGAACUGUGCUGUUAAAGGAUGUGAAAGUAACCUUGAUGCCCAGGAAAGCAUGGAAGAAGACUUGGAAAUGCACUACCCAGAGCAGGAAACAGAGUCUUUUCCAGAGAAUGAUGGAAUGGUUCCUGUGGAAGAGGAGGGAAAAGAAUUUCACCACCCUACCACUGCCACUGAGAAGUGACAGCCCACAGAGAUACAGAAGACAUAGAAUCAUCCAGUGUGACACUAAGGCUGAAUUUAUGACAAGGGAGGUAAACACACUGUGCCUUAGAUUAUUGGGAAACUCCUGGAAAACACUGAAACACUUUCAAACAAGGAGAGUUAGAACCUAUUUCAUCUAACAAAUGAGAGGAUCCAAACUGCCUUCACAGCUGACAUCAAAUACUUCUAUUUCCCUGUCUCCCAGUAUCAUACUGACAACAAAUUUGAAUCAAAGCUGCGUAAUUUAGAGGACAUCUGGAUGUCAGCUGAAGUUUCACAGCUUGUUUUCUCAGUGUGAAGGAAUGGAUUGAAAUCUAUGUCUGGUUGCUUCUAUUAGCUGUGAAAAUUCUGGCCAGGAUUCUGAGUCAAGCUUGAGACUCAGCCAUGUUGUUUCUAUUCCAAUAGUUUCAGUUUUGUAAUUGGCAUUUUGUAAUCUGGCAUUUUCUCAAGGCUUCAACCUUUGAUUGAAAAUUAUAAUAAUCUCAGUUUUACCUAGAAUAAACCUCAAGUUUGUGGACUUCAUGUUUCUUGAGGAAUUAGGAUCAAAGGUGCCACACAGGCUCUGAAAAUAGAAGGCAAAUAAAACUAAUUGAAGUCCACUGUACUUUAGGCCAUUCUUUCUAGGUUUUGAAGUCUGAUUCAUAUUUUUUUUGACUGCAUCAAAUCAUUAGUAAGUGUACAAAACAGUCUCUUCUGAUGGAAGCCAAACUGGUUGAACAUCUGGCUUUUGGAUGAAGUAUGUGUUAAGCCCAGUGUGGAGCCUGUAAAAAGAGAAAUGAAGAAAAGAAACUAUUUCUCUACUGAAAAAGAGGCACAGCAGUUAUUUCCUAUAACAUUGUUAAUAUCUACUUGUUUUAGAAUUGUUCAUAAUCAUCAUGGUGACACAGAUUUGCAUAUCCUUUAAAAACAAACCUGUCUGGUGGCCAACUGGCACGUGUUAUGCUAUUUUUAAAUCUUUUGUGCUGCUUGUUCAAUAACUGUAAAUGUAAUAGUGCUGACUAUACUUUUGCACAGGACAAUGGAAAAUGAGCAAUAUGACAAAGUGUGUCUUAAUAAUCAAAAAGAUGAACCACAAAA